AAGAAGUUUCUCAAGGAAUAUACAUACCUGUAUAUGGCCCUCCAGAAAUAAAACAAGUUAAUGUUAAAAAAGGAGACAUUUGUAAGGUAAUACAAAGUGAUUAUAGUGAUCAUGUAACAAUUUUUGGACCAAAAGGCUUUGAUUUUAUUUUAUUUUGUGACAAUGAUGGCCAGAGCAAAGGCCUACCUGUAAAUCCACUAGCAACUCGUUUGAUAAGUCAAUGA